AUGCCCUCGGAAAUGGCCAACAAAUGUGGUGCGACAUCGGAGGUGCAUGGGAUGGACAUCCGCACACCAGCCCAGCGACCUAUCCAAAUUCUGGCAUCGACUGCAACAACGAUGGAUAAGGCGACGGUACACCAAGCCAUUCGCGAUGACAAGUUCUUGCUUGCAAAAGAGUUGAUUAGAGAGCAUCCCAAAUUGGUGAACGAGCAGGAUGAAGAUGGACGUUUACCACUUCAUUGGGCGGUAUCUGGAGGCGAUGUCGACAUGGUGGCGUUUUUGGCUGCAAACAUGACUCAAGCGGAAAUUGACGAUAUGGUUGAUAAUUCGGGAUGGACUCCUGUCCAUAUUGCUGCCGCAAUCGGUCGUAGUGACAUUCUUGACGUAUUAUUGACCCAUGACCCUGUACCGGAUAUCGACCUAGCCACAGGUAGCGGAACCACCGCACUCCAUUUGGCUGUCAGCAAAAAUCAUUAUGAUGUAGUGAAGCAAUUGAUUCAAAAAUACCAUUGUUCGACUCGAACCAAGGAUAAGUUGGGAAGAACAGCGAUGCAUCGAGCGGCGGCAAUUGGAUCGCAACCCAUAGUGCGAACGUUGGUAGAUGCGCGAGCCAAUAUCAACGCUAAAGAUUCAGAUGGAUGGACUCCUAUGCACCACGCACUUGCCGAGGGCCACGGAGACGUGGCUAAACUACUUCGGGAGUGCGGAGGGGAUCCCGAGAUCCGCAACAACGACGGGCAACUGCCAGUGCAAGUUGCGGUGGAUGAUAAUGUGAGGAAGUAUUUUAGCGAGUAA